AUGCGUGUGCAUACGCUGCAACCACGUAGCCGUGUCCCGUCCUCACUGUCGCUCGAUAAUGUCAUCGAUCCAUCAGCCCUGAUGGACACGAGUGUUCCGGCCGUUUUCCCGCCAGCCGUACGACGCUUUCCCUACAAUGGGCUAGCAGCGGGAGCAACCGCGGAAGCAUACGGUGGAUUUCCGGAGCGUGAACAAGACUCUGACUCAUCGGCUGUGUACGGUGGUAUCCGGGGCGGAGUGCCUACCAUAUCCGAUCGACUCAGUGGCUACGCAAGGCGCAACAAUUACGAUGAAAAUGGGAUCGAAGUGCAGCUGGCCAACGGUGAUCUAGCGCUCAUUGGUAGUAGGCUGUGUCGGGAUGGUUCUACCGUGAGCGUGAACGAAUUGCAGCACCAAGGAGUGGGAAGGGAUCGGUUCAAGAUGCUGAAGAAGAUGUGCUCCUUCGCUACGCUGUCCAGUGCAGGUACGAAGCGGUCGAACGGCACGAGUCGCACCCAACACUGGAUGCUCCUGAUCACGCCAGUCGUUUCCAGUUUCUCACUUGCACUCGUCAUUGCUGCAGUCGUUGGCCCCCAGUGGCUGCUGACCGAGGAAAAGAUACCGUACGCACCGUACCACGGUAACACGUCCCACAGUACGGUCUUGGCCACAGCGACAACGAGCUUGUCGAAAAAUCAGCACCAGCUCAACAUCCAGCAUCCACAUCUGAUCCCUACGAUUAAAGACGAUGGAGGCGGCACAGGGGGUUUCAUGACGAAAUACACAAGGUCCUCUCUCUGGAAGUUGUGCAGCAGAUAUAGUGGUGGCAGCGCAGCGUCGGGACAUCAUCACCAGAAGCAGCAGCCCUCGGAAAGCAGUGAGUUCCAGUGCUCCAGCAUCGAUUACUUCCCGAGCGAAGGCUACAGCCCGGACCCAAAUGAUUCGACCAAUGCAAUUCCUUAUACCGUAACGCACUCGUCACCCUUUUUUCUCGCCUCGAACGGUGUGCUCAUCGUCAGCUACGGCCUGUUCCUGGUGGCUAUCUGCUCGACCAAGCACAAAAUCUGCUACUUUGCAUCCGGAGUACUAUUUAUAAUAUCCGGUUUACUGAUGCUGAUCGGACUGAUAAUGUACAUCUCGAUACUGAAGGCCGAGAUAGGGUCCAAAUUGCGGCCAAGGUCAUCUUUGCAGGCACCCCAGUUUACCUUCCGAUACGGACAAAGCUUCCUGCUGUACGUCUUCGGUUUCAUCAUCACCGAGCUGUCGGGCAUACUGAACGUCCUGAUCUACUCGAACGUCCAGCAGCAACAGCAGCACCAGCAACAACUGGAGCAUGAUGACGAGUAUGAUGAAGAUGGUUCACUGUAUCCCACCUAUCAGAACCUUUCCGGUGGAGAUCUGCAGUACCAUAAUCUACAUUAUGGCCGCGAAUGGACAGCGCACUCGCUAGAUGAACGGCACAAACCGAAUGGUGGUGGUGGUGGUGUUGGUGGUGUAGCGCAAGGACCAGCCGUCGUGACUGACUACCGUUAUCCGUACGAUGGUGUUCAGUCUGGUCCACGUUAUUACUUCGAGCGUCGCCGCGAGGAUUCGAUCGAUGGUGAAGUCAAUUGCCGUGUGCACCGUCUACCGCCACUUGCCCGUACCGAGCCCGCUGUAACGAAGAGUCUCACGGAUCUACUGUAUACCGAACCGACCUCAAUGACCGCCAACGUGCCCAUUCAACAAGGUGGUGUAUCUCCUCGCCGAAACGUUUCCUUCCGUGCCAAUGGUGACGGUGAUGGGCAUCGGAUGAACGACACCGUUGGACGGUCACCUUUGAUCGACAACGAUCGCUGGCCAGUCGGAGGAGAGAAGCUAACACGCAGCGUAUCGACCUAUACGGAUCUAACGCCCGUCAGCACCGGUGAGGACACGGAGUUUGGCAACUAUCGGAGGAGAACGCGCUCCACAAAUACCGAUGAUGGUGGCGAGGGGUACGAUGGCGGCGAGAAGGCGAGCAAAAUCUGUGGCUUCCCACGCCACUACCUAUCGCGCGAGCUAUCGAAGGAAAAGCUGUUCAAUGAGUUCUGCAAAAAGGUUGGUCCACGACCAAAGCCGAAGAAUAUCUACUUCAUCGAAAGUGAUGCACGGAAUGGUGAGCAGAGCUACCGGAAUGUGUUCGUGAUAGAACCAUCCUCGCCGGUGGGUAGUGGUCGACCGUCGAAGCACCGUCGCCGGAACUCGAUGGCAGAUAUGAGACGCCGAUCGGAUCAGGGGACGACAUCCAGCGGUGGUUGUAUCUCUUCCUACCGUCACCGGAUACGUUCCGAUAAUUCGCUCGAUCGCGAGAUGCCCGAUGAACAGGCAUACUAUCGUCGUCGGGAACCGCUAGGUAGGGCACGAUCGGUAGACUACCGGCAAACGCUGCCCCGUAACUUUGGCCACAAUCGGCACCUGAUGACGAAUGAAACCGAACCAGAGGAUGAGACGGGAGGUUUCGGAGAGCGAUUGGCGAUGGAAAGGAAGCGCGUAUCGGCCAGUGGACUGCUAAUGGAACCUGUGCGUCUCAACGCGUCACACGGAGAUCUGACGUCCGAUGGAACCAUCUCUUCGCCCAACUCGGUCCGAUGGCACAAAAGUGUGGGAAAGUGGCGGCAGCCACAAUCCAUCGGACGAUCCGUUACCGUCACGUGUCCAAAGUAUCUUGAUCCGCCCACCUAUAGCGUUACGGCGACUGAAUCUGGCCACAAUCCUUCGCACAUGUAUCGUAGCUAUGGCGAUCUGGCAGUACCGCAACCAUCGUACCACCGUCGACCAACCAUUCUUUCGUCCCACGUGUUCUCCCCCAUUAGUCAGCCAGCGACACCGACCGCGAUACGGUCGAACGUCCAAUCGCUGGGGGUAAACCAGAACCAUCAUCAGCAUCGCCACGGUCAACAUUAUCGCUAUCAGGAACAAUCCGAUGUGGCACAACCGAGGCAGCACUCGCCCGUGUUCGAUCUCGAUCGUAUUGAGCAAGAACGACGUAAAUCACAUUCGCAGCUGUUCCUCAACAGUCCAGCCAGCAGUUCCACCAUGGCGGAACAGUAUGACUAUGCGCACGGAACUGCUGUGUAG